AUUCAAUGGCCUGCUUAUAAAUAUGCAAAACAUGACUAUCGCUGACUCAAUAUUAAAAUUCAUGACUAUUACAACAGACUGUGAUUUAGACCACGGUAGCUGUAACUGCACAGUGAAUAACACCUGGAGUGAUGCAGUAUGCCAGGAGCACUCAUGCUGCAAUCAACAAAACUGCACAUUUAACCCUCCAAAUGCUACAGCUAUGUGUGUCCCUGUCAACAGAGUUUUUAUCAACGGAUCACUUACUGUAAAUGCGUCAUAUUCUUUGGAGUAUUUUGAUUGGGAAAAUAUACAAUAUCAAAACCAUAGAACAAAUUACACUCAACAGCUGGAAUCUUGCUUCAGUUCUCUGGAAUGGUUUGACUCAUUGAACGUCACUGGAUUCAGCCAGGGUAGUGUCAUCGUCAAUUUUGUGAUGAACAUAAUGGGUCCAGUUGAUGUGACUGCUCUUGAAAAUAUAGUUACUGGUGCAGAAGUUACCCUCAAAGGCACUUUUAAUAUUGUAACGACAGGACUUAUAAAAAGCUACAAGAACCAAUCCCAGGAAAAAAUUCCUUAUGGCAGUUCUGUUAGCAUAACAUGUCAGCCACCAGAGGCACUAGGAAAAUGCAAUUGGACCUUUCAACAAAAUGGGAAACAGAAAGUAGACAUCACUAAUGGGACUGAAGCUACAGUUGUUCCAGGUUCCAUAAACAGCACAGUUUUUAUUACUAGUGCUUCAGAAGUAUGGAAAGGAACAUUUAUAUGUGACUACAAUUCUAAAAAUUCUACUUCCAUAACACAUAGAGGCAUUCUACUUUUGAAUGUAGCACUUAUUCCCCAAAUCACCAUCAUCAGUGAUCCUCCAUGUCCAAGCUGUAAAGGUGCUGUCUUACCAGUACAUGUUACAGUUCUGUGCAUAAUUUCUAACAGUACAGAAAACUAUGCCAUUACAUGGAAUUCAACCAUCUCAUAUAAACAAGAAGGAACUAAAAUACAGAAUAAUCAAAUUUCAUAUGAAGCCACAGCAAACAUCUUUUGUGAUAAGCGAUCUGAAAACAUAUAUGUUACAUGUGAAUUUAAAAACAGUCUAAAUCAGAUACAAAAUGCCACUAUAAAUAUUCCUAUAAUUUAUGAUAAUUCACCUGUUUGUAAACAAGAUGGUGAUUGGAAAGAAGUAAUAGUUAAUUUCACUGCCACAAUGUUAUGUGGUAUUGAUACUGUUGGAGUACAAACCAGAAAAUGUUCACAAAGCAAUGGAGAAACUGCAUGGGAAACUGCAAUAGUUCGGUGUGUGAACACAGACCUACAAAGUCUUCUACAUGAUGCUCAGAACCUCCAGAGAGGACAAGGGAUUGUUGAAAUGAAUGCAAAUGAUAUUUUCACUCGUUUGAGGCAAUCAACUGAAAAACCAACCUUCAGCACAUUUGCUAAUAUUAAUGCAUCUGUGGCGGUGAUGGGAACCAUGACCAAUGCUUCUUCCAUCCAGAAAUCUAAAUGGGAUAGCUCUAUCUUCCCUCAAUUGGUGAAAGGUUCGAGCAAUCUUUUAAAUGAGAGUCUAAAAGACUACUGGCAUUACAAUGGGAUCAUUCCUGUGAAUGGAAAUAAAUCUACCAUGAAAAUGUCAUUCUCAGUACGCAGACCGCGAAACCACAAAAUGUACUGUGUGUACUUAAAUAACAAUACAUCUCAGUGGUCUGACACUAAUUGUAUAUGGGGUGGUGCAAAUAAUCCAGGUUUCUGUGAUUGCGCCCAUAACAGUGCAUUUACUAUUCUAAUGGCUGUAGUUCCUAUAAAUAUAACAUAUGCAAGUGAUUUAACAUAUAUAGGUCUGGGGUUCUCAAUCAGUUCACUUACUCUGUGUUUAAUAAUAGAGUGUUUGGUAUGGAAUACUGUGGUAAAGUCAGAUAUUUCACACUUCAGGCACACUGUUUUAGUAAAUAUUAUGCUUUGCUUGUUGAUAGCACACUGCUGUUUACUAGUUGUUUCUUUUACCUCUACAACCAAGCAGUGGUGUUUAGUUCUUACAGUUAUGCAGCAUUUCUGCUUCCUGGCUAUGUUUUUCUGGACAUUGUGUAUGAGCAUGGGGCUCUUACACCAAUUAAUAUUUGUUUUUGUUAACCUGAGAAAGAAAGUGUAUUUGGGAUUAUCUUUUUCUCUGGGCUAUGUCUGUCCUUUAAUUAUUGUAACAGUUACCAUCAUAUCUUAUGACAAUGGUGCUGCUGAUUUAUACUAUGACCCUAAACUUUGCUGGUUAAUGUAUAGUGCUCCUUUACAGGGGUCAAUCCAUGCAUUUGUUAUUCCUGUUGGUAUAAUUGUGAUUGUGAACAUGUUCACCAUGGUUGUGGUUAUCAGCAGGAUCUUAAAACCUACUGUAUCAGAGGGAAAAACACAUGACGAAAAGGAAGUUGCAAGAAGUAUCAUUAAAACAGUUGUUUUCCUAACCCCUGCCCUUGGAAUAACAUGGGCCCUUGGGCUUUUUGUGCUAGUAAUUGACUUUACAUCCACACCUUUUGCUCAGAUUGUGAAUUACGGUUUUAUCCUUUUUAAUUCAUUCCAGGGUUUCUUCAUAUUUCUUACGGGAUGUCUUGGAGAGAAAAGGGUUCGAGAUGCACUGCUCAAUCGUUUUAAACAACAGAAAAAUGCACAAUAUAAAAGUGAGAGCUCAACAAGGAUAACAUCAGCAACUAAAAAGAAAUGACCAGAUCACUCUGACAAGGAGCUGUUCUUACUGAGACCUGAAAUUUGUUAUAUACAGAAGCCAAAAUACAUGGAAGGACUGCACAAGUUUGCCUGUAGUAGCA